UUUUUGUUUGGGUGUGAGAAGGAGGAGGAGCUGCAGGGACGAAGAAUGUCGGUUCAUUAAUCAAAGUUCGUCUAAAAUAUAUAAAACCCUGACUCAGCGAAUUAAAACACACUCACGGCAAUUAGCAAUGGAGCAGCAGAGCAAAAUUCCUGAGACUCCCUCAGAAACAGACACAGGCUGCUCAGAAGCAAUGAGAGCGGAGUUGCUGGAUGAAUGUGAGGAACAGUUUGGGCUAUUACAAAAGCUUCAAAAUGAGAUCAUUUUAGCAGACACAGACUGCAGUGAUGGAGAAUCAAAUGAGGCAGUGAAUCGUUUGAAUGCCUUGACUACAGAGCUGGAACAGUGGCAAGAAAUGGAGCCCAAAUUACUGUCAACAAAUCCUGAAAUUUUAUUGGGCCUCGGGAAGGAUGAGCUGCAAAGACUAAACAGUCAGCUGAAGAUGGUCCUCUCCUGCUCCCAAGCAAAGCGAGAUGCCCUGAAAGACGUUUUACAAAGGGAACAGAAGUGGCUUGAAGAGAAGAAGGAAGUGCUGAGUGCAGUGACUGAACGAGUUGCUACAUUGAGGAAUGAAAAUGAGCAGCUGUCAGAGCACAGUAUCCUACAGGACAUGAAGCGAAAAAUCACCAGGGUGAAGGAUUACCAUGGCAACCUCAUGGAGACAUUAAGUGACAUGUUGGCUGAGCAUUUCCCUCUUCCCAAUCAGCAAGCAGUCGGAGCCAAGAAAAAGAGGGGCACUGUCCCAGAUUCUGGUGCAGACCUUAUCUCACUGAGUGAGAUUCUUGAGCAGUUAACAAACAAAACAUUGGAGACUCCUCAUGAGCCCUAUGUGGCUCUCGAUGACUCCUUCUGGCCACCGUACGUAGAGAUGCUUCUUCGUAAUGGCAUUGCUGUCAGGCACCCAGAAGACUGCAAUAAAAUCCGACUGGAAAAUUUUUAUUGAAACAGAAACUUGUAAGUAAACUUAGUAGAAGAGAUUUCAUGGAUCUUUCUAAGGAAACAUUCUGUACAGACUUUGUUUUUUCCCAUGUUUUAUUCAAGUGUAUUUAAAAUAAGAAAUCAGUUUGUUAAAUAAAAUGGUUCACAGUAAGAGGGCUUAUGUCAG